AUGCAACAUCGAAAUUAUUACAAAGAAUCACGCAAUUUAGAGGUAAACUCUGAGUUGCGUUUAGAAAGGUUAAGGAGUAAUUUAACGAAUCAAUACGAAAAAGCAAUGCAAAGCUCAGAAAGAUUUGAAUUCGGUUCAUCUAGGAAAUCAAGGUCAAAAAUAAAACCACCCCAACAACCAGAAAUCCCUACAGUAUCUAGAUUUAAUUCAAUUGAUAAAAAAGAUAAUUCAUUAUUAAAUAGAUUCUCAGGAAAUCAAGGAUCUCCAUAUUUUCGAAAGAAAUACAGAGAAGCUGAUAUUAAAGUUGCCCCGAAAAAUGAAAUAAGAAAUGCAAAUCCGCGCGAAUCAAUUUUAAUGUCAACAAGAAUAACACUUACAUCUACAAUCACACCAAAAUCAAAGAAAGAUACAAAAGUUUUACAGAAUUCAGUACAAAAUGAUAGCAUUGAUUAUUCAGACACAAUGAUUAACGAACAAAUUAGUAAACUCGAAAAAGAACUGGCUUACAACAACAUUGGCAAUAUAGUCAAUAAGAAAGACAACUCUAGCUCUUUAAGUGACCCGAAAAAUACAAAAAAGAUUUCUCAAAUUCGUCAAAAAUCAGAAAACAAGCCAAAGAAGAGAGAAAUCAUCCAAAACACAGAAGAAAAAGCUCAAAAAGAUACAAAACCAUCAAAACAAAUGCCAAUUACCCAAAAAGAUAAAGCUUUUCAGAAACAACCAAUGCCCAGCCGUAAAGAAAAGAAUUAUACCAAGAAGGAACUAAAUGAUGAACCAGAUACCGUAAAAGCUCCAACAAAACAACCAAUUAAGGCAAAAAUUUCAACUAAUAAGAAGCCAAUUUCUAAAAAAGAGCCAAAAAUUGAACCAAAAGAAAUUAAAAAGAUCACCCCAAUUGAGACAAAUGAAAGUAAAGACGAUGAAAAAGAAUAUCAGAAAAUCCAUGCUGUUUCUCUUGCUGAUGACAUUCUUCAUUUCAAUGACGAUGAAUUGGAAGAAGAAGAAGAAGACUCAGACAUCGCAAAUGUUGACGAGUUCUUCAAGAAUUUGAUGAAGAAGAGCGAAGACAUUUUUGCGAGAUCAAAUAAAAUACCAGAAAACAAGCCAGAAAAGAAAAGUUCAGAUUCAGAGGAAGGAACUCCAGUUCCUCGCAAACAACCAAUUAAACCAUCACAAAUUGACUCUCCAAAUGAUUAUUUCCACAACGAACCUAAGUACGACAUUCUUCCAACACAAAACACUCAAGAAAAGGUAGAAAACAACUAUUACUCAGAGGAAGAAGACGAAAUGAAUGAAGAGGAUGAGGAGUCAGCACACGAAUAUGCUAAUGAUAACCAGAGUGAAGAAGAAAGUUUCAAUUAUAAUAAAUCUUUCGAGUCAUCUGACCAGAAGAUUGGAGAAAGCUCAGAAGAGAUUGAUUUGCACCAAGUAACUCCAAAGAUCAACCGCAAAUCAGUUAUAAAAUCUCCAACUAAGGAAAUUUUGGACAAGUUUAGGAAGGAAAAACAAGUUCUUCUGAUUACACCAAGUAAUGAGCAAUUCCAAAUGGAAGAAGAAGAAUACAAUGAAGAUAUUGAAGAUGAUAAACCAUUGCUCCAACCAUUAACAAGGGAGGAAAGACUGAGAAUGCUAAAUGAUAGGAAGCAAGCAGAUGAACAAUUAUUGAAUGAACUUUUGGAGUUAGGAUUGAACUUUGAGGAAGAAGAAGAGCAAUCUAGUGGAUCUCCAGUAUUCGUGUCAGAUCCAAAUUCUUAUUCUGAUAUGUAA